CCCUCUGUACUGAGGCUGAAGUGGAUAUUCCUGUCACUGGUUUGUUUAUGUCGCCGAACGUAGGCUAUCCUAGCAUUGACAGCUGAUCAUUAGAGUGUUGUUGUGAAAGAGAAAACGCCUGGUGACAUGGCAGAGACCGUUCCUAGAAUGAGUCGUUAAAGUAAAAGGGCACCGCUAAAAGCUGAUUAGCAACAGCUACAGAUCUUUAAAACGGUUAAAUUACUUAAGUUAGCAUUGCGUCGUGCUAAAUCAUUAAGUUGAACAUUAUGGAGUGACGUUGGACGAGAAAGUGUUUGGUUUUUUUUUUGUUUCACAACGUUCUGAUUUUUGGUAUUGACGUUCCAACAUUAUUAUCAAUAAGAUAAUAAUGUGAUGAUGGUUCGGCCCUAAAACAGGUGUCUGGCAACUUGAACUUAGAUUAGCUGCCGAGCUAAAUUAGCAUUAGCAUGGCGUCGGAUACAAGUGACACAGAUGAAUUUUAUGAUGCUGCAGAGGACGUCAAUUUCUCCCCGUCUCCUAAAGUGUCUCCUGCAAAGUUUGUCGUUCCGUUGCCUAAGCUUUCAGUCGAUGCUACACAAGAUGUGAACGGCGCUGCUGCUGCACCUGAGGCUCAUCAAGACGAUUCCCUACAGAUCAUUGACAGCAUCAUCGAGGAGAGUCAGAAGGGAGGUGACGAGGAGGUUGGUGAAGUGGCUCAGCGGUUGGAUCAGCUACAUGUUGAUGGAAAAGCUGGAGCGGAGCCAAAGGAAGAGCCAGAGAUAAACGCUCAGGAAGUUCCUGCGGAGGCGGCAGAUCCAGCCGUUGAACCUCAGCUUGUCGACGGACAAGAGGAACGACAGGAAAGGGAUUCCACCAACGGAGCGUACGGGGCUGAUGUCCCCGAACAUGUAGUUCUGCCCGAUUCACCGCUGGUGUCGAAUGAAGUUGUACAGCCGCCCGACAUCACCAGCACCAUCAGGCAGAGUAUCGUGUAUGAGGUUGUUGUGGUCGGAGAAGGGGAGCAGGAGCAGAGCCCCGCUGACCUCCUGGACGAGGCGUCGCUCGCAGACAGAGCGGCUGAUUCAGACUCCAGCCUUCCUGCAAAACCCCCGCGCCCGUUCACGNAGCCAGACAUCGUAGCCAGCACCAAAAAGCCUCCUCCGUCACGUCCACCUCCUCCAAGCGGAGGCCCUCCACCCAGACCACCUCCUCCAUCGUGGCAGAGGCCCAGUGGACUGGACGUGUCCAUGGUCAGUUCUGUCAGUGGAGAUCCUCUGGAGCCCUCAGGCCUGGUGUCUCCCAGCAGCACAGUCAGGAGUUUAACCAAGGAGCUGCAGCAUUCCUUAGAUCUGGCCAGUGCCACCAGUGGAGACAAGGUGGUGACAGCACAGGAGAAUGAGGACGACCAGGCGUCGUCCCAGAGCGGAGGACAAACCCCAGGUCCACAGCGUCCACGGUCAAACUCUGGUAGAGAACUGACAGACGAAGAAAUCUUGGCGAGUGUGAUGAUCAAGAAUCUGGACACUGGUGAAGAGAUCCCUCUGAUCCAGGCGGAGGAGAAACUUCCUGCUGGGAUCAACCCCCUCACUCUGCACAUCAUGAGGAGAACCAAAGAGUACAUCACCAAUGACGCAGCACAGUCGGAUGACGAUGACAAACCUGCGGCUCCUCUGUCCGACACGGACGGAGGAAAACUGAAACAGAGAACGACCCAGCUGAAGAAGUUCCUGGGCAAGUCGGUGAAGAAAGCCAAGCAUCUGGCAGAGGAGUACGGAGAGAAGGCCGUGAACAAAGUGAAAAGUGUUCGUGACGAAGUGUUUCACACCGACCAGGACGAUCCGUCGUCCAGCGAUGACGAGGGGAUGCCUUACACCAGACCUGCCAAGUUCAAGGCCGCACACAGCUUCAAGGGUCCGUUUGACUUUGAUCAAAUUAAGGUUGUGCAGGAUCUAAGUGGGGAGCACACGGGAGCUGUUUGGACCAUGAAGUUCUCCCACUGUGGGAGGCUGCUGGCCACCGCAGGACAAGAUAACGUGGUUCGCAUCUGGGUCCUAAAAACUGCCUUUGAUUAUUUCAACAACAUGAGAAUAAAGUACAACACUGAAGGGCGUGUUUCACCUUCUCCAUCUCAGGAAAGUCUGUGCUCCUCUAAAUCUGACACCGAUCCAGGAGCCAGUUGUGUUCCAGAAGAUCCCGACACAGAAGACAGGAACGCUCCGUUCCGUCAGGUUCCUUUCUGCAAGUACAAGGGUCACACUGCCGAUCUGUUGGACCUGUCCUGGUCCAAGAACUUUUUCCUGCUCUCCUCCUCCAUGGAUAAAACUGUCCGAUUGUGGCACAUCUCCAGGAGAGAAUGUCUCUGCUGCUUUCAGCACAUUGAUUUUGUCACAGCCAUUGCUUUUCAUCCCAGGGACGACAGGUACUUUUUGAGCGGCUCUCUUGAUGGAAAGUUACGGCUGUGGAACAUUCCGGACAAAAAGGUGGCGCUCUGGAACGAGGUGGACGGUCAGACGCGUCUCAUCACCGCCGCCAACUUCUGCCAAAAUGGGAAAUACGCUGUGAUCGGCACCUACGACGGGAGAUGUAUUUUCUACGACACGGAGCGCCUUAAAUACCACACACAAAUUCACGUGCGGUCCACCCGAGGCAGGAACAAGGUGGGACGUAAGAUCACCGGCAUCGAACCUCUACCCGGAGAGAACAAGAUAUUGGUGACGUCAAACGACUCCCGCGUCCGCCUCUACGACCUGAGGGACUUGUCUCUGUCCAUGAAGUACAAAGGUUACGUCAACAGCAGCAGCCAGAUCAAAGCCAGCUUCAGCCACGACUAUUCCUUCAUCGUCAGCGGGUCAGAGGAUAGGUACGUGUACAUCUGGAGUACUUACCACGACCUGAGCAAGUUCACUUCUGUACGACGGGACCGCAAUGACUUCUGGGAAAGAAUUAAAGCACACAACGCGGUGGUCACCUCGGCCAUUUUCGCACCACACCCAGGACUCAUCGUGCCACAGGAGUGCGGAGCAGAGAUGCCGGAGGCCGAGUGUCAGAGCCUGGACUCCACGGACUCUCAGACCUUCCCCUCAGGAGCCCUGAAGACGGAUCACACCGAGGUUCUCCUCUCUGCAGAUUUCACUGGAGCCAUCAAGGUUUUCAUCAACGUCAAGAAGUACUGAGGUUUUCCUGUCUCCUCAUCAAGAGGACAUUUUGUCCUGCAGAUCCUGAACUGUACACCAGGUGUCACUAAUCGUCUCCUAACUACCUAAUGGUUAUUGCUCCGGGACUACAAACAAACUGUCUGGCGCUCACUUUCAGGACAACAGGGGACCGAAAAAAAAAAGAGAAAAAAAAGACUUUCUAAAACUGACCACGACUUGGUUCACUGUAACAUUUCUGAGUUUAUUUUUUAUUACCAAGCAACUGUGAAUGGUUUGGCAUCAGGAGGAGACAAAAUAUCCAGAGAAAUGCCAAACUUUUGGUGCGGUUUGAACAGAAACUAAAUCUGCCCUGACGAUGGCGCUGUUCAGUUAACGGUUUGAGCACCUCACUAGAUUUAAGAAAAUUAACUCCUCACAGGUGUGAGACACUUUCAGUCCCACGUCACAAACGUGACCCGUACAGUUUUGGAAAAACGUCGUUCACCAAACGUCUGUGCCUCUUAAUCCUCCACUGCUUUUCUUAAUCCAGCUCCUGUCACGUCACUCAAACUCUUUAACCUUAAAUUGUCCAACAUUUCAGCAGCAAACACAAAAUAUUAUACAGAGAAAUCUGCUCACAGAACAAAGAACUGGGCUGAGCGUCUUCAGUUUUCACACAACUUUUGAUACAUUUCUUUAAAAAAAAAGAGAAAAAAAGAAGCACAUUUCCUUCAAUAAAAUAGUAUAAUAAAU